CAUUUCAGCAUUUGCUGAUUCAGGUGCUGGCCGGUUAGAGCAAAUUUCAUACUGGAUUGUCAACAUUGGAUUUCAUAUGUAUAUUUAAUGGGUCAUAGAUAAUUCUGUAUAAUGCUUCAAUUGAGGUGCUGUAAUGAUAGACACGAACCUAUUCCAUUACCAAAUGGUGUUCCUGUCAUACUAGGAAGAAGUCCACAAACAAAAAUCAUUGAAAAAAUUUGUUCAAGAAAGCAAGUUGAAUUAACAGCAAACUAUGAAAAAGAAAGCGUCACUUUGAAACAUCUUGGAACUAACCCGUCUAUGAUUGGUCAACAAGAGAUUGCAAAAGGACACGAGAAGAAGUUAAAAGUUGGUGAUAUUUUCUAUUUUGUUGUUCAACAAUAUCCACAUGAAAUUAUUAAAACGCCAAAAACAACAGCUGAAAAACGAACAAUCGACUCAUAUUUUGGGCCUUGUUCUUCAGAAUCCAGAACGGAAACACCACUAACAAAAAAAGCCAAAAUGGUAAAUGAAGAUGAGGUAUCGGAUGAUCAGAGUGAUGAUGAAAAUAAAGUUGUGGAAAAGCUCAAAUUUUUACAAAGCAAAAGUCUAUCCAUUGUGAAAACAGAAAAAUCAAAAGAUGGUGGUAGAGAGAAAAAUGUAUUUAGCGGAUGGAUAAAAUCUGACUAUCCAGUUGGUUGGGAAGAAAAAGAAGGCUUAUUAAUUUAUCAUUCUCCGCAGUUGUAUAAUUCAUCAAAAAUAGCAGCAUUUGAUAUGGAUGGUACAAUAAUAACAACAGCAUCGGGUAGGACAUUUGCAAAAGAUCAUAAUGAUUGGAAGAUACUUUACGCCGAAGUACCAGGAAAAUUGAAAAAGCUUCAAAAUGACCAAUAUAAAAUAGUGAUAAUAACCAACCAACUGGGGAUUGGGAAAGGUAAACUUCAACCAAAGGAUUUCAAAACCAAAGUCGAAAACAUUUUGGGAAAGCUUGGUAUUAAAGCUCAGGUGAUAGCAAUUACGAAAAAGGGUCCGUCUCGAAAACCUAACAUUGGAACAUGGACUUGGCUGGCAAAAGAAGGUAAUGGGGGAAUACCUAUCGAUAUGUCUCAUAGUUAUUAUGUCGGAGAUGCAGCUGGCCGCCCAAAAGAUUGGGCUCCAAAAAAGAAAAAAGAUUUUUCGUGUACUGAUAGAUUAUUUGCUAUGAAUUUGGAAAUUGAUUUCAAAACUCCCGAGGAAUAUUUUCUUUCGCAAAAGCCUGUUAAAUUCAACAUGCCUGAAUUUGAUCCAAAAAGUGUCAUCGACAACAAAGUUUUAAUAAAAAACAUGGAUGAGCUGAUCAGCAAAAAACAAGAAGUUGUGAUCAUGGUUGGGUAUCCAGCCAGCGGAAAGUCUACCGUUUCUAAAGAUUAUUUGGAAGCAAAUGGAUAUACCCUUGUAAAUCGAGACACAAUGAAAACAUGGCAAAAAUGUGUGGCGGCAUGUACACGUUUCCUCAGCGAAGGAAAAAGUGUGGUCGUGGACAACACAAAUGCAGACCCAGAGUCAAGAAAAAGGUAUAUAGAUUGUGCUAAAGCAAGAGGCUGCGAUUGCAGAUGCUUUGCUAUGCAAGUGACAAUGGAACAUGCAAGACAUAAUAAUAAAUUUCGAGAACUCUCAGGAUCGGAUCAUGAUAAAGUACCAGACAUGGUCUUUUAUCAAUAUAGAAAAGCUUACAAAGAACCAAGCAUGAAAGAGGGAUUUUCAAGCAUUGUAAAAGUAAACUUUGUUCCAAAUUUUAAAAAUGAUGAAUUGAAAAAACAAUAUUACAUGUUUAAUGAUUAACUAUAAGUAAACAGUCUGCUAUUUCUUGAUGAUUGUUAC